AUGACGGGCCCUCAGGGUGGCGCCUGGGCAGGUUAUCCUCCUCAGGGACAUGCUUCAUUGCCGCCAUCACAGCCCUCACAGGCAGAGGACUCAGGCUUACAGGCGCGGCAUAUGGGACUCAAGGUCCAGUACACCUUCGAGAAAGACCAGCAGAACUGCCUGGCCAAAUGGCCCCAUGUUUUGCAGAUCCAAACCAUCCCGAUCGACGAGAGAAACGCCAUCGGUCUCGUCGACCUCCAGGUGUGCCUUCAGGCCGUUGCCUCGUGCAGUCCUGAAAUCAUCAAUCGGCCCGACAAAGACUACGCAGUCUACGCCCUGGACUAUUCCGAAGACGAUGUGCCACUCGUGGGGCAGGGAAUGCUCUCGUGGGCCCUGGACCAGCCUGCGCAGAACGCCGAGCAGAAAUUGGUCACCGGAAAGGUGGUCAAGAACAUGCUCGCGGCCCUGAGAGGCGGCCCGCCAGAGACCUUGGAGGUCAAGCUCAAGCUCAGUCCUGUACCGCGGCUACAGCGACCACAAACCGCUCACAGCUCUGACGUGCAACGAGGCUACGGAAGCAAUGCUCCUACUCCGACACCGCCCGACAGCAACAGCGAGUGGUCGUCCUUCAUCCAGUCGAAUCCCAAUCUCGGCCGUCCACCAAACGGGCCAUCGAUGCCAAGUCCUAGUCUUGCACCAGUCAGAUACGGAUCGCCCAUCCAGGCACUCAGCCCAGCACCAGACGUUCGACCUGACAUGUAUGCGAACCACUACGGUGCUCCUACGCCACCCACCAUGCACGCGAUGCCGGUGCAGCCCAUGCCGAUGUCUUUCUUCCCACCAGUCCCUUCGUCUCAGGGCCCAGCUCCCGAUGACGGCACCGUGCUCUCGAGAGCCGAUGAGCCUGGGCAACCUGCUCGUCCGAAGUCAGCAAAGCGUGCCUCGUCAAAGCCACCGAAGAAGAGGAAGACGACGGCAUCAGGAAAGGUCAUUGGCAGGCCUCGCAAGCAUGAUAGACCCGAGGCAGGCAACACGUCUGCCAUCGAGGAUGCUACGGAUGCCGAGGAGGCGCCUGUCGAGGGCCCAAAGAAAAAGAGAGCCAAGACCACCAAGGCCGACUAUCCAAACAAGGCACCACUGAGCUCGGCUCCUGGCUCCUUACGGGUCGCUGCCAGCACCUCUGGGUCUCUGCGCACCAUGAGACCUGCUGCCGCCGGUGGCAGUGGGGUUGGAUCAAGUCAUCUGCAGGAAGUUCCUAGAGCACCGACGCCUGUGCCCGAACAGCAGUCACGCCCGCGAAGCAGGCCACCAGGUCAGGCGCAGCCAAGGAGGUCUUCUAUGGCGGAGUUUGAGGGAUCCUCAUCAAGAGUUCUUGUUUCUGAGACCGGCAUACCUGGACCACACAACCAGGAUGCUCGCUCGCCUGACUCAACCGCACAAUCGCCAUUUCAAGCCUACACGCCCGAAGAGAGCCCAGCGGAUUUUGGCUCUUCUCCUCCAGUUCCCAGGUCUAUUCGGUCCAGCCCCCCCCUCUCUAGUCCGGUCUUACCCCCGAUGCCGAUGCCGCAGCCCGAUUCCGGAUUUAUGAGUGGAGGUUUCGAUGAGAUGGUUGACGAUUACGAUUUGCAGCUGCCAGUAUCUGUUCCUGGCCAAAUGCCACAGCCAAACAUCCCGAGACGGUCGAAGCCAACAUCGAAAUCGAAGUCGUCGAAGCGAAAGCCAGCCGUUCCUCCACCUUCUCACGGCAUUCAUCGGCCAAUGUCUAGCGGUCUCCCAGAGCCCCCGCAUGUCGCACCCCCGAGAGGUCUCUCCCAGGGCCUGCCCAUGCCGGGCGGUCCAGGGCUUGCGGAACAGGGAGCCAAUGGUCCCGCACAGCCAAAGCAAAUGAUCAUUCAACAUGAACAUCCCGGCCCUUCGGAGCUGCUGCCCAAGCAGAGCAUUUACAACCCCUCUGCUUCGGCCAAGGCGCAGAUAAAAAAAUCACAAGCAGCAUCCGGUAUGACGAAGGCAGCCGCACAGCCUACGCAAGAUUCCCAGGAUCAUCUUUUGCGACUGUUGAGCGAGCCGCUCCACUUCCCUCAGGAUGUCGAACCAGAGCCAGCGAACACGCCAAAUGUGGGCGAACCGACUGCCAGCACGACCCAGAUUGCUGAUUCGGAGAUCGUGGCUCCUGGCCCUAUCCCAACUGCUCCGGCUAGUGACCCCGGAAUUGUUGCGCCAACUGUAUCGCCAUCUACUGCAUCGCCAGAAGAUACCGCACAGCCCAGCAAGAACAUGUCAAGGAAACAAUCGAUCAAAGAUAAAUUGGAGAAGGCUGUCAAGAUGGGUCAGAUGCCGACGUUCUGUUCCAAUUGCGGGUCAAUAAGCACGCCGACGUGGCGCAAGAUCUGGACGCAGGACCUAGAUGGCAGUCCUGAAAUCCCGGAAUACUCUGAAAAGCCUGGUCGCAUAACAGCAAUUGUCAUUUUACAACGGAACGAGAACCAGACGCCAACAAGGUAUCGGGUCGUCAAAAAGGCUCUUGGGCCAGCCGAAGACAAGUCUCAAUGGGUUGAAGAUAUUCUCUGCAAUCCAUGUGGUCUUUGGCUGUCCAAAUACCAGACUCAGCGCCCUGAAGCACAAUGGGAGAAGGACUACUCUCAGAUUGGAAAGUCACGCAAGAAGAGGAACUCGAAGACUUCUCGGCCCAAAAAGGCGAAGGGACAGGGUGCUACUUCGUCGAACUUGCCCUCAGAGGCGUAUUUUACUACUGAUCCAGUGGGGCCGGACGACCAAGGAAUGACCCCGCUCACAGAGGGGGAUGAGGUGGUGCUGCUCCGGGGUCCAACUACAGAGCCACCCAGCCGCGAACGUGGCGCGCGGUCACAAACAGCAGAAACAGGUGGCCUGGGUGGCUGUCCCGAUCCUCGAGGGUCGACACACUCACGAGCCAGUGGUUCGGCUCAAAGUCCCAUCGCUGUCGAAGACGACACCCUGGGAAAGACGAAGAGGCUGCUCUUUCCGUCCCCAAAGAAGGACGGACAACCCAAGGUGCUUGGCGAAGUCGCAGUCAACAUUGUGCGGACAUCAGCUGGUCUAGACGGGGGGUCCAAGAACGCUCUCACCGGAAAGGAAAACUCGGUCAUGGCCGCCGACAUGGACAAUGAAAUGAACCUCCUCUCGACGCCCAAAGUCGGCGUCGAUGACACGAAAAACAAGAACAACCUAGCGGAUUUGUUCAGCACAUCCUCCCAGCCUUCUACACCCCAACGCAAGGAGAGACUUGCGGGAGUUUUCAAGACUCCGACCCGGCCGACACCCAGUCACCGCCCCAUAACAAGGAGCGUUUCGAAGUCGAUACGGACAGCACGGUCUACUGCAAGGUCGCCCGGCAAUGCUUUCCCUCGCCUUCAAGGGACACCGACGAAAACCCCCCGCUCGAGCGCCCGACUGCGCAACGGGAGUGUCCAUUAUCAACACCCUCACGCCCACUUCGCCGCUGACGAUAGCAUGAUGAUGCACACAGACUUUGGGACUCCCUUUAGCUCUACUAUCAACCAGCUCCUGUCCGAAGCGAACGACUUCACCGCUGGCUCGUCAGCUCAUGGCCUGUAUGAGCUGCCAAAUAUGGGCAGCGACAACGGCCUGGCUGGUCAUUUCGAGGGGUUGGAUUUCGGGCACUUCCUGACUACGGAUGCGGUAAUGCCCAGCAGUCCGCCCGUGCUUCGCAGGAAUGGCGAAGCGGAGAUAUUUGACUCGGCUGAAAUGGAUUUUACCGACUGGGAGGCCUUUGGAGAUGUUAAUAUAGAUGGGAUCGGCGAUGGCGAUGAUGUACAGACCAACUAGGACUUCGGUCUGCACUCGUUCUUGCCGUAGGACCUCGAGUUAGGUGCAGCAGCCGGAGAUAAUGGCUCAUUGGACUGCACCAACCUUUGUCUUGCGUUGACGCACCACUUUGUUUACGUCGGCGUGGCAUGAUGUAUGGUUAUGAUCCUCGAACGGGGGAGGUGUGUGUGCAAGGCAGAGAGAAGCCUUUUGGUUUGGCGUAUCAAGGACAAGGAAUGCUUGGAUGGGAUGGAUGGAUUGAUGGAAAGGCGCGGCAUGCGGAUACGGCAUAUACCACUUUGGCCGAAGACCUUGUUUAUUUGUUUUGAUGUUUUAAAACCAAGUUAUGACAGCCUAUUGCUCUUUAAAAUUAAGAUAUCGAUUGUGCAAAG